CCUCGCCAAGGCCGUCCCGGCCCGCCCCGGCCCCGCCGGAACCGCGGGGAGGCGGCGGAGCACGGGCGGGGCCGCUCCCCGCGCCGCGGGGGUAACGGGGCCGGGGCCGCCGCCGGGCCGCGCUGAGGCGAGGGAGCAGCGCCGUGGCGGCCCCGGUGCCCGGCCCCGCGCCAUGGAGCGGUACGAGAAGCUGGGCAAGGUCGGGGAGGGCUCCUACGGCGUCGUCUUCAAGUGCCGCAACAAGGACACGGGCCAGAUCGUGGCGAUUAAGAAGUUCCUGGAGUCCGAGGAGGACCCGGUGAUCAGGAAGAUCGCCCUGCGGGAGAUCCGCAUGCUGAAGCAACUGAAACACCCUAACCUGGUGAACCUGCUGGAAGUGUUCAGGAGGAAGCGGAAGCUGCAUCUGGUCUUUGAAUACUGCGACCACACAGUUCUCCAUGAGCUGGACAAGCACCCCCGGGGGGUGCCGGAGCAUCUAGUGAAGAGCAUAACCUGGCAGACCCUCCAAGCUGUGAACUUCUGCCAUAAACACAAUUGCAUCCACCGAGAUGUAAAGCCAGAAAACAUCCUGAUAACAAAGCACUCGGUCAUCAAACUUUGUGACUUUGGAUUUGCUCGCAUAUUGACUGGUCCGAGUGAUUAUUACACAGACUAUGUGGCUACCAGGUGGUACCGCUCUCCAGAGUUACUUGUGGGAGACACCCAGUACGGCCCUCCCGUGGACGUGUGGGCAAUCGGCUGUGUCUUUGCAGAGCUGCUCUCCGGGGUCCCACUGUGGCCUGGCAAGUCUGAUGUCGACCAGCUGUACCUCAUCCGGAGAACCCUGGGGGACCUUAUUCCCAGGCACCAGCAAGUGUUCACCACCAACCAGUUCUUCAGCGGGGUAAGAAUUCCAGACCCAGAGAGCAUGGAGCCGUUAGAAAUGAAAUUCCCAAAUAUUUCAUACUCUGCUUUAGCUCUCAUGAAGGGUUGCCUUCGUAUGGACCCUGCAGAGAGGCAGACGUGUGAGCAGCUGCUGCAGAAUCCCUAUUUUGACAGCAUUAGGGAGGCAGCAGAUCCGGGGAAAGAACAUGAAAAAACGGCUCGGAAACCAGCCAGGCUGACUCGGAAGCACAUGCCGGGGAUACAGUACCUGCCUCAGUUAACCAGCAGUAAUGUUCUGCCAGCUCUGGACAGCAAGAAGUACUGCUGCAAAACCCGGAAAUCAGACUACCAUUUCCCCAACAUCUAAUGGGAUGGCGGAUGAAAAACUAUUUAUUUUCCAAAGUUCAAGUCAUUCGGAAUUUAUAAAAGGAGGAUAUGUGGUGGAAAACUAAAUUAAUACAUGUUAUGACAUCCACAAAAGUGGUUUGUAAAGUAGUGUAGUUUGGGUCACUGAUGGAAGGCGAGUGAUGCACAGGGCAAGCUCCAAGUUCACGUUCGUCGGUGUUCUGUGUAUAAAGGAAAAUACAUUUGUUUUGCUUUAAUUCAUGAUUGUAUACUGGUUUGUGGUUAUAUACUGGUUUGUGAUUGUAUACUGGUUCAGAAUUACUGCAACCCACUGUUUACAGCAUGAAUUUAGAAACUCUGUUGCCUGUCUACCACCUGUAUUUCAGACUUGGCAGAAGAACUGCGACUGUGCCAAAUAAAUGCAAGUCCUGCUGUGUCAAAACAGCAAUACUGCUUUAGACUGGGGCUAAGUCACUGAUGCCGCAAGGAACUGUAAACGUACAGCUAGUGCAAAUAGAAGACAGAUGUAUGUGUUUAUGGAGCCGAGCCUGAAGAGAGGCUGCCUAACGGCUCCAGGUAGUUAUAAUUCUGCAGAAACAGCACUGCUUUAAAGAUACGUCUGUCCUAGGGACUGCAUUUAUAGAUCACAAAGUAUGGAGAGUUCUGGCAGCAGCUCAGACUUAAUGGAAGGCUCAGCAGGCACUGUUACCAGGAGGAGAACGUUUUAAUAGUAAAACCUGUUGUUUCUUUAGUCUUUUCAGAGUCCCUCCUGCCUGUUUCUUCCUUGCAUUAUGAGGCUGGUUUUAUUUGCUGUUUCUGUCAAUAGUGAAGUCACUUGCCUGUAGCGUUACAGAAAUUCUUUUAUCAAAAAUAAUUCAUGACUAUCAUUUAUAACAUUGGCCAGACACAGGCAGGAAUUCUACCUAAGGGUACAUAUUGGAAUGAUUCUUGGGUUUUGUGUAAUCUCAGGAUGUAAUAUUGUGUUGGUUUUGAAUAAAAGAAAUGUAGCUUGUUUUUCCAA